UGACAAAAUAUUUAUUGACAAAAAGAAUAUAAAAUAACAUAAAGUUAGAAGAAGCAUUUAUUUUUUAUACAAAUUUUUAUUGAAUAUUUGUAUAACAAUGAAAAGUGUAAAAGAAAAUAGUUGUGAUCUUACAACACCGGCAAGAAAAACGUUUUCUCCAGUUAAAGUGUUGUCACCUAAUUGGAAUCAAGGGAAAAAUUUGACAGGGUUAGCACGUCAUAUACGUGAUUUAGUUGCAGAUAUCCAUACAAAUAUACAACAAUGGAAUAGUCUUCAUCUUCAAGGAAUAAUUUGUAUAAAGAAUAUAACGCAAGAAAAACAGGCCAAUAAUUAUUAUUCGACGAUUUUACAAGACUUGUGUGACAAGUUAGAAAAUAUUUGUGAUAACCUAGAUAGUAAAGUUAGAAACUUAGAUCAAAUCAAACAUCAAUUGAAAACUUUACCAGCUUUACAGAAAACUUUGGAUAAAUUAUUCAUAACAUGGCCAACAACUAAAUUUGGUGAAGUAGCAGAAAUUAUAUGUGAAGCAUAUCACAAAGAAGCUAAGUUAAAACGCAAAAUACUUGAAAAUGUUGCUCAUAAUUAUACUGACUCUUGGAAAAUGCUUCAUCUUGCGGCAUGGCAAUAUCAACCUUCUCUACCUGAAGAUUUAACAAUAUUAUUGGAAUUUUUACUGACUGAAACUGGUCAUAGGCCAUUGCAGUAAAAAUUUUCAAGUUCGCAGAACAGCCAACGUUCACAACCGGUUCUCGACGGCGACGGUAUGCACGGCCGACCGCGAAUUAGCGGCCGUGACGCAUAUCGUCAUGUUGCUCGUGUUGUCGGAGAACGGUCGGAGAACAAGGUCGCGAAGCAGGUAAAAUGGCAGUCGUCGAGCGGACUACGAUCGCGUCAGGAUUGUAUAGUUUCACGGGAACGCCCGUAGACAAUCGCGCGUUCGCGAUCGGUACUGAACAUUGCAACGCGGAAAACGCCGUUCGCACCUCACGUACUCUCAUUUUUCCUUUUUUCUCUCGUUCGUUUUUCCUCUUUUUUGACUGUUUUAUAUCGGGAAUAAUGCGAACUCGAUUACGAGUGCCACGCCGGUACAAUUGCCGACGUUGUUACGGUUUAGCGCGUGUCUACGUCGACACCGUCAGAUCUCUCUUUUUUUCUUCC